AUGAUCUUAGGAGAGAAAAUUAGUGGUGGUUCAUCGUGGAGUAGGGAUGAUGACAUCGCUUUUGAGAGAGCUCUUGCAAUUUAUACCGAUGAAACUGAGAAUCGUUGGGGAAAGAUUGCCGAAGUUGUUCCAGGAAAAACUUUGGAACAAAUUAUGAAGCACUACGAGGAUUUAGUUCACGAUGUUACUAGGAUUGAAUCUGGUCAUGUACCUCUUCCUGAUUAUGGGCAAGGAAGUAAGAAACUAAAGCAAAAACGACGAAGGGGGAUUGCUUGGACAGCGAAUGAACACAGGCUAUUUCUUAUUGGCUUGGACAAAUAUGGUAAAGGUGAUUGGCGUAGCAUUUCUCGUCACUUUGUAGUGUCAAGAACAUCAACUCAAGUUGCAAGUCAUGCUCAAAAAUACUUCGCACGUCUUGCCUCCAAGAAGAAAAACAAAAAGAGAAGAAGCAUCCUCGACGACAACCUCAUCGCUAAUGAAAGCAUAAACACCUCGAUUGGACAAGGACAAAUCACAUGGCAAAACAUUCAAGCAACUAAUCAGCCCAAUCCGCAACCAUCACUAGACUUUGCUCCAUAUGGCGCCACACCCAACAUAUGGAACACACAAACCAUUUCACAACCUUCACUAGAUCACCGUCUGAUGUAUGGCAAUGGCGCACCCACCUUAUGGAACACAAGAGCCACUCCACAAACAUCAUCACUAUACGACAUGCCCACUAUUGGGCAAUCGAUGGUUGGACCAAUGGUCUUACCUUUUGGAACUGACAUGAACAGUUUGGCUCCACCCAGCAUGGCUUAUGGAGUUCAAAAUCAGCCAGUCGCUUACUUCCCGGUUGGUCCUAGUGCACCUAUGAACAUGAGUUCCAUUCCGUACAACAUGACCUAUUUACCUUAUUCUCGUUAG